CACGACAGGAAGUUGUUUUAGAAGCAAGAUCGUAAACAGGAUUUAUUGUAAAAAUGGAUUAAAAUUAUAGAGUAUUGUAGUUUCGAUGUUUCAGACUCUGUAGAUGAUGUCCAACACAGCGAGGAGCGGAGAGAUCAUCCAUCUGAAUGUCGGAGGGAAGAGGUUCAGCACCUCCCGACAGACGCUCACAUGGGUCCCCGACUCCUUCUUCUCCAGUCUUUUGAGUGGUCGCAUCUCGACUCUGAAGGAUGAGACUGGAGCUAUCUUCAUCGACAGGGACCCCUCUCUCUUUGCCUCCAUCCUCAACUUCCUACGUACCAAAGAGCUACACCCUCGCUCUGUCAACGUGCACAUGCUCAUGCAUGAGGCCGAGUUCUACGGAAUCACGCCGCUGGUACGCAAGUUGCAGCUGUGUGACGAGCUGGAUCGAUCUUCCUGUGGAAACGUGCUGUUCAACGGCUACCUGCCUCCACCAGUGCACCCAGCAAAACGUCACAACCGUCACAGCGUGGCAGGAUCGCAGUUCAUGGUGGGCCGAGCGGUUCCUGUAGAGAGAGCGCCGGUCAGACGCAGCAACACCAUGCCCCCCAACCUGGGGAACUCUGGGAUCCUGGGCAGAUCCAGCAGCGAGGAGAGGACGACUGGAGGUCAGCCAUCAGAUCCCGGCAUGGUUCGGAUCAUCUGUGGUCAUCACAACUGGAUUGCUGUGGCCUACACACAGUUUGUCGUCUGCUACAGGGUGAAGGAGUCGACCGGGUGGCAGCAGGUCUUCACCUCUCCUCGUCUGGACUGGGUGAUUGACAGAGUCGCGCUCAACGCCAGGGUGAUGGGCGGCUCCCUGGGAGACAACGACAAGAUGGUGGCUGUUGCCUCGGUGACAGAGAUCAUCCUGUGGGCCAUCUGCCCGGACGGCAAUGGAAACGAAAUCGGUGUCUUCAGUCUGAAUGUGCCGGUCGAGGCCCUCUUCUUCGUUGGUAACCAGCUGAUUGCCACCAGCCAUGCCGGGAAGGUCGGAGUGUGGAACGCUGUCACCAAACACUGGCAGAACCAGGAAGUGGUCCCCAUCAGCAGCCAUGACACCGCCGGCUCCUUCCUCAUCCUGGGCUGCAACAAUGGAUCCAUCUACUACAUAGAUGUGCAGAAGUUUCCUCUGAGGAUGAAGGACAACGACCUGCUGGUGACAGAGCUGUACAGAGACCCAACUGAAGACGCCAUCACUGCCCUCAGUGUCUACCUCACUCCCAAAACCAGUGACAGUGGGAACUGGAUCGAGAUUGCAUACGGGACCAGCUCUGGGACGGUUCGAGUCAUUGUUCAGCAUCCAGAGACCGUGGGGUCAGGGCCACAGCUCUUCCAGACCUUCUCUGUCCACCGCAGCCCCGUCACCAAGAUCAUGCUGUCUGAGAAACACCUCAUCUCAGUUUGUGCAGACAACAACCACGUGCGGACUUGGACGGUGACUCGCUUCAGAGGGAUGAUCUCCACCCAGCCGGGAUCCACGCCGCUCACCUCCUUCAAGAUCCUCAGCCUGGAUGAUGUGGACGGACACGGAGGCUGCAGCGCCGGGACAGAGAUAGGUCCAUAUGGAGAGAGAGACGAUCAGCAGGUGUUUAUUCAGAGAGUUGUACCGGACACCGAUAAACUCUAUGUGAGACUGUCGUCCAAUGGAAAGAGGGUGUGUGAGGUGCGCUCGGUGGAUGGUACCUCCAUCACGGCCUUCACGGUUCAUGAGUGUAUCGCCCCCCGGCCCCGGCGCUCCCUGUUCAGUGGCCACAGCAACGGCAGCAUCCAGAUGUGGGACCUGACCACCGCCAUGGAGAUCGCCGGCAAGGUCGACAUCAGAGCGCUGGGCGGACCAACGGAGGAGGAGCUGCUGGAGCUGUUGGACCAGUGUGACCUGGCUCUGACCAGAACACCUGACAGCACCCCCCGAGCCUCGACCUGCAGCCUCCACUCUCAGCUCGGUGACAGCAUCAGGACGGAGCGGCUCCACUCUACAGGAGGAGGUCGAGCAGCCGGAGCUUCAGGUUCAUUGGCUUCACUGUACAGCUAUGUCCCUGGACAAGCCCCACCCCCUGCGCUCCUCAACAAACCUGGCUUCUCAGGCGCACCCAGUGCUGGGCUGCACACUGCUGCCUUCCCCGCCUAUGGCCACAGCUCCACCCCUAGCUGCCACCAGGCUGCCAGCCCUCGUCCUUCCAGACACACAGACCGGGACAGAGAGUGGGGAUCCAUCCGCAGGGGGAGCUUCGUGGAGCGCUGCCAGGAGCUCGCUAAGGGUUCAGAGGCAGCCGGGGGCUCUGGGUUCGUGCUCCCAGUGGGGGCUGAGGGCAUCAGGCGGAGCUUGGCGGCGUGCAACGAAUUUGGGGUCAGCAUCACCAUCACCGUUACCCUCAUCUUCAUCCCACCGCAGGGCUACGCCCACAUCUCCAGCAAGCCCCGCCGCCACAACAGCGAGCCCAUCCCGUACUCAGGCACCUGUCUCACCUCGCCGCAGCACUGCAGUGUCUGCAGCUGA